CAACUCCCCACUCCACACACCAGAGGGGAACAUGAGGCGCUUGAAGCAACAGUUGCAGCAAGAGCAGAAGCAAGCGACCAAAUUGAGAGCCAUUGCUGACCGGCAAUUCACGGAACCCUCUGAGCUGGAGGCCUUCUUCAUUGAGUGCGUAGAGCAGGUGAAGGGCGACAUUUCUGAGCGGCGGAAGUUGGCCCUUGAGCAGCGGUCGGCCUUGCGAGGACCGGAGGCAAAAGGGCGAGGUUACCCCGAGACACUUCCACCUCAAGUGGCAAAGCUGGCACAACAGCCCACCUUGGAUGAUUUUACCGUCA